AGAAAAGAAAGAACAAUUAUAUAUUAUCCAAAAUAAAAAUAAAAAAAUACACUAGUAUACUUAGCUUGAGUUGAAGGAUAUGGGGAAAAUUAAGUUUUGGUUGUUGGUGCUUUAUCUGGUGGUUGUGGCCAAUCAGUGGCAGAGGAUUACUGGCUCCGCCACUGUGCCCGACAUGUGUUGGGAGGAAGAGAGAAGUGCUCUAUUAGAGCUACAAGCAAACAUGAUGAGUUCAAAUGGUGGACUCUUAGCACUUUGGGCAGCCUAUAAUGAGAGUGGUUUUUUGGAUUGUUGUUCUUGGCGUUGGGUAAAAUGCAACUUAGCAACAGGUCGAGUGAUAAAACUCAAUCUCGAAGCAAUAAGGCAAGGAGCAGGGGAUGGUUGGAGUUUUAAUGCCUCUCUAUUUCUUCCAUUCAAAUCACUAGAAGUUCUUAUAUUGUCUGAUAAUUAUAUUAUAGGGUCGACCAAAAAUGAAGGGUUCGACAAACUGUCACAUCUGACCAACCUGAAAGUACUCGAUUUGCAGUCAAAUUAUCUCCGCUUUCCAAAUGUUUUAACACCUCUGUGUUGGAUUUCAUCUCUCGAGGUUCUACGACUUAAUCGUGUUUUGGGCACACAACUGGAUACAAUUGAAUUCCCUUCGUUGAAAAAUCGCUCUAUGCCUAUAGAUGAAGGCAUAAGUGAGAAAUGUCCCGGGAUGAGCAAUUUAAGAGUACUCGUGUUGACAGGUUAUGGAAUCAACGACAUCAAUGUCCUUUCUGCAUUGGGUCUUGGUACACAUACUGGAUUGAGGAAUUUAGAGAGACUCUAUUUGUCUACCAAUGACUUCAAUUCCACCAUCUUUUCAUCUCUCAAGCAUCUUCCAUCUCUCAAGCAUCUGGAUCUCCAUAACAAUGACAUUGAUGGAAAAAUUGAAAUGAAUGAUAUAAUUGCCUUGAGCAAUUUGGAAUUUCUAGAUCUCCGGAUGAACAAUUUUGAGGGCUUUGUGACUACCAAAGGUUGGUGUGAACUCAAAAACCUUCAAGAGGUGUCAUUCGUUAACAACAAUUUCGAGGGAACACUUCCUUCAUGUCUUGGAAACUUGACAUCACUUCGAUGGCUGAGACUUGAUGAGAAUCGCUUCACUGGAAAUAUAGCCUCAUAUCCUCUUUGGAAGACACUCACAUCACUUGAGUUCUUGGAUAUUUCAUCUAACCAAUUUGAAGUUCCACUAUCAUUCAAUCAAUUCGCCAACCACUCAAAACUUACCUACUUGAAUGUUGGGUAUAAUACUAUAACUACAGACACCGAAUUCAAGAAUUGGGUCCCAAAUUUCCAGUUGCAGCUUUUUGCUAUUCAGGGAUUCAUAAACCUUCAAAAAUUGCCUUCUUUCCUCCAUUACCAGCAUGACUUGAGAGUUCUCGCUAUAGACAAAAAUCAUUUACCAGGAAACUUUCCGACUUGGUUGUUAGAGAAUAACACCAGACUUGCAGGCCUUUAUGCUAGAGAUAAUGCUUUCAUCGGACCAUUGAAGUUGCCAUCCAGUAGUCAUCUCUGUUUAAAGGAACUUGAUGUCUCUAAUAACAAACUAAGCGGACAUGUUCCAGCAAACAUAAGUUCAACCUUCCCAAUGCUUGAUCAUCUGAACAUGUCACAAAAUUUGCUUGAAGGUCCUAUACCUUCUGAUAUUGGCGGCUUUCAAUUAACUGGGCUAGAUCUAUCUCACAAUUUCUUGUCCGGAGGAGUUCCUAGCGAUCUGGCAAUUGGUUCUCCAUCACUGAAUUACCUCCGGCUGUCAAACAACAAGUUGUCAGGGCAAAUAUUUUCAAAGGAUAUCAGACCAAGUAUACUAUUUUAUUUGUACUUGAAUGACAAUAGGUUUGAGGGACCGUUACCUAGUAACAUUUUUCUCAAACCCCUUAUUGCACUGGAUGCUAGCAGCAAUAACUUCUCUGGAGAGAUUCCGAGAUGGAUUAGAGAUAACACAAGAUUGUUACAGCUCGAUUUGGCAAGAAAUCAUCUCGAAGGCUCGAUUCCAGUUGAGAUUUGCAAUUUGAAGCUCAUUCGGGUCUUAGCUUUGUCCGAAAACAGACUUUCAGGCAAUGUUCCUUCUUGUGUGAGUGGUUUACCCCUUGAACACAUCCAUCUAGACAAAAAUCAAUUGGGUGGUGAACUUGAAGAUUCACUUUUCAACAUCUCUUCUCUGAUAACAUUGGAUCUUGGCCACAACAGUUUUACAGGAAAUAUCCCACACACCAUAGGCUCACUUUCAUAUCUGAACUUCCUUCUCCUCAACAAUAACCAAUUGGAAGGAGAAAUUCCAACUCAGAUUUGUCUGCUAAACAAGUUAUCCAUCAUGGAUUUGUCUUUUAAUAAGCUUUAUGGUCCUCUCCUUCCUUGUUUGGGUAACUUAACACAAGCGGAAAAUGAUGCAGAAACUAGAAGUGUAUAUAAUCAUGUAACUUCCAAGUCAGCGUGGUUAGAUUUCAUGGGUUGGAUAAGUUCAACAAGGCACUACCACAUUUCAUAUGGAUUUCUAAGUGACAUCAAUAUGAUGGAUGUGGAAACCCGGGUCCAGUUUUCAACAAAAAGAAACUCAUACACUUACAAGGGAAGCAUUCUAAAGUAUAUGUCAGGUAUUGAUCUCUCAAGUAACGGAUUAACAGGUGAAAUUCCCAUUGAGCUAGGAAACUUGAGCAAAAUACAUGCAUUGAAUCUAUCGCACAACCACAUCUUUGGAAGAAUCCCAAAUACCUUCUCCAAUUUACAUGAAACCGAGAGUCUGGACCUAUCCUACAACAACUUGAAUGGGAGAAUUCCUGUUGGCCUACUUGAGCUACAUUCUUUGGAGAUAUUCAGCGUAGCAUACAAUAACUUAUCUGGUGCAGUACCACCAUUUAAAGCUCAGUUCUCAACUUUCGACAAAAGCAGCUAUCAAGGGAAUCCUUUGCUUUGUGGUUAUCCAUUAGACAACGAGUGUAGCGAUACUAAAUCGUCAAAUACCUCAAAUAAUGGAAGUAAGGAUUCUGCAGGCUUUGUGGAUAUGGAGGAUUUCUACAUCGGCUUUGUUGUGUCUUAUGGAGCGAUCUUGAUGGGACUAGCUGCAGCACUCUUCAAUCCUUAUUGGAGAACAGCAUGGUUUAGGCUUGUUGAGGUUUUGAUGUUCUCUUCUUACUAUUUUCUGUUAGACAAUGUUGUUACACCCCUCAAGAAUAGAUGGUGGAGGAACCUUAGGUAAUUGUUGUUCUCAUUCUUAGGGGUCGUUUGGUUCAAAGACAAGUUAUGCUA